AUGGCCUCCUCGCUCGUCUCGCGCCCGCACCUCACCCAGCGCCCGGUCCGCGCCGCCACGCUCGCCUCCCCUACCCACGCCCGCCUCGCGGCCGGGGCCGGGGCCCUUGGCGGGCGCGCCGUGCGCUGCCAGGCGCAGGCGGCGGGGGACUUGGACGCCCACUACAUGCGGCGGUGCGUGGAGCUGGCGCGCAAGGCGGCCGGCUACACCAGCCCCAACCCUAUGGUGGGCUGCGUCAUCGUCCGCGACGGCCGCAUCGUCGGAGAAGGAUUCCACCCCAAAGCCGGCCAACCUCAUGCUGAGGUAUUUGCACUGAGAGAUGCAGGUAAUUUAGCUGAAAAUGCAACGGCUUAUGUUAGCUUGGAGCCCUGCAACCACUAUGGGAGAACCCCUCCUUGUACUGAAGCACUCAUCAAUGCAAAAGUAAAGGAAGUUGUUAUGGGGAUGACUGACCCAAAUCCUAUUGUUGCAUCCAAAGGGAUUGAAAAACUCCAAGGUGCUGGAAUAAAUGUGAGGGUGGGUGUGGAGGAAGUGUUAUGCCGCAAACUAAACGAGGCUUACAUCCAUCGUAUGCUCACCGGGAAGGCUUUUGCAACUUUGAGAGCUACACUCUCAAUGAAUGGAAUUGUCACAAACCAUAUUGGGAAGGGAGCUGACCAGUCUGGUGGGUACUACUCGCAGUUGAUGAAAGAAUAUGAUGGAAUCAUAAUUUCAAGUGACCUGGCCAAGAUGUCGAGCUUACCUUUGUCGCGCGAAGCCGGUGCAAAUCAACCUCUCUAUAUCAUCGUAGCACAGGGUGAAAAUUCCCGACUACACAUCCCAUCUCUCAGCGAAGAGCAUGCAUCGAAGGUGAUAGUCCUUGCUGAUAGUCCUGUCACCGUGGAGCCAGCAGGAGUUGAAGUUGCAGUCCUUCGUCAGAUAGACUUGGAGUCUAUUCUCCAACUUCUUGCACAGCGAGGGCUCUGCAGCGUGCUGGUGGAUUUCAGAGAGCCGGAGAAAGCUUCGCGUCGCUUCUGA